AUGGCAGCCAAUCAAGCUAACGACCAACCAUCCUUCAACGUAGCCAAAUCACCUGAUGUUGAGCAACAAACUCAAAAUGAUGAAUUAGACUACACCAAAAGGGGACAAUGGCUUAGAGCAGCCAUCUUGGGUGCCAAUGAUGGGUUACUUUCCACGGCAUCCCUUAUGAUUGGAGUUGGAGCUGUCCGAAAAGAUGUUGAGACUAUGAUCCUUUCUGGCGUUGCAGGGUUGGUUGCCGGAGCCUGUAGUAUGGCUAUCGGAGAGUUCGUCUCAGUUUACUCACAAUAUGACAUAGAAAUGGCGCAACUGAAGAGAGAAGGUAACACUGAGAACAUGGGAGUUGAGCAGUUACACGCUGAGAAGGAGAAAUUGCCAAACCCUUGGCAUGCAGCUGGAGCAUCAGCAAUUUCAUUUGCUGUGGGGGCUUUGGUACCGCUACUAGGGGCAGCAUUUGUAAAGGAUUAUGCAGUGAGGGUUGGGUUGAUAAUAGCAGUUGUAAGCUUUUCCUUGUUAAUGUUUGGAGGGUUAGGUGCUUUUCUUGGGAAGGCACCAAUUGCCAAGUCCGCGCUAAGGGUGUUGAUUGGGGGUUGGAUGGCCAUGGGAGCUACUUAUGGCUUAACCAAACUUGUUGGUUCUUCUGGACUCUGA